CCAAGUGAAGGGUUACGUUUGACGAUUGUCUUGGAUCACAGCGCCAUUCAAGAGGUUGCCGUUUCUGGUCGCUGUCUCUCCUUCAGGUCGCAGGCCGCUCCGGACGACGCCGACAAGUGCAUCCCGUCGGGGACAACCGGGAGGCAGACCAGGCGCGACCAGCCCCGACGGCACCUGCUCACUCGCCACUGGCCCGGCAGCCAGCACUGGCGCCAGUUCGCGCUGUCGCGUCAGCUGGACCUGCUGCCUCCCGGCGUCUACCGCAGCUACCUGCUCGGCCGCGGCCCGUCCGGCUCCGGCAGUCUGGCCUUGGCCGCGGCGGGUUCGUCGCGUGCCCUCGGCCGGGCCAGCCUCGACCUCGGGCUCGAGGCGGAGCCGGCCGAGGCCGUCGCCUACCUCACCGCGUCCGCCCGUCUCCCGGGCUCCAUCAGCUCGUCCGCCGGCGACCUCCUCCUGCCGCCCCACGCGACCGGCUCCCGCCGCACCGGCGGCCCGUACGCCAGCCUCACCCGCACGCACCAGCACACCUUCCCGCGCCUCCUGGCCGCCAUGCACCCGCCCAUCUCACCCUCGUCCACCGCGCCCAUCCUCCUCGAUACCGCCGAGGGCGCGGCGCGCCCUAGCGACCGAUGCCCGUCCGUGGCCCACCUACAGACGACCUACACUCGCUACAGCCCCCCCGUCCCUAUGCCCACGCAUCGGGCCGUCUGCGCCUCCGGCUCGCUCCACUCUCCGACGACGACGCACGCGUCGCACCGCGACCGCGUCGACUUGACGCGGGCCGCAACCGGUCCCGUCUCCGCCGGCUGCUCGGCGCCGUUCGCCUCUCGCCUCUCCGCCUUCGCCCCGGUCGGCCAGGGCAACCAGGCGAGCUGGGUCGCCGGGAGUGAGCAGGAGCUGUCCGAGUUGACGGGCAGAUGCCCCGGACCGCCGCCCAACCAGACGCUCAUCCACAAUGUGCCCGCGACUCCGGGCUCGGCCAAGACGGUCCGCUUCGCCGGCGGCGUCCUCAGCAACGAGUGGCCAGAGGCGUCGCUGCAUCCUUUGCUGCCGACGCUGCCGCCCCCCUCCGCGUUCUACGGCGCCAGCCCGGCCGGCCGACUGCCGUACAGGCCGACCGCGCCGAGGACCGUUCUGCUUUCGGGGCAAGAGGGCGUCUACGAGCGCGGCGACAGCCCGCCGGAGGGCGAGGCCUGGCCGGCGCCGGAGAAGCCUCUGCCGGCCAGCUUCUCCGUCUCCUGCCUGGACCAAGCCGAGGCCGCAGCCGGGCUCAGGCCUGGCAACGGAGGGCCGAGCGAAGAUGGCCCGUGUGGAGACAGGAGGACAGGGUUUAGCUAUUUCGCCGAGCAGCGAAAGGACAACUGUCCUCCUCUCGACGACGCAGGCGAAAGCCUCCUGUUCACGGGCCCACGAGCCAGCCAGGAGUCUUUUUGCUACAAAAGAUCACUCGUCCCGACAACACCCAGCAGCGCAGCUUUGCGGAGAAAGGAGACGUCAACCUACCCUGAGUCUUUUGGCUUGACGCCAGCGAGUCUACGUACCGAGUUGUCUGGUCGGCCAAUGGCCGAAGGGGGCCAAUUCCUUGGCGCCGCUUAUGCGACACCGUUGCCAUCGUCGCGGGCCUUGACCCCGGGUCUGCUGCAUGGAAUGUACAAGAGCACGACCAUGCGGCAUCUGAAGCGGUCCUCAGGAGGACAAUGUGAACGUAGGUCCUCCUUUCCCUAG